AUGACCGACACCCGACGUCGGGUGAAGGUUUACACCCUCAACGAGGACCGGCAGUGGGACGACCGGGGCACCGGACAUGUGUCGUCCGGCUACGUGGAGCGCCUGAAGGGCAUGUCUUUGCUUGUCAGGGCCGAGAGUGACGGUUCUCUACUUUUAGAAUCCAAAAUAAAUCCAAAUACUGCAUACCAGAAACAACAGGACACUUUGAUUGUGUGGUCUGAAGCAGAAAAUUAUGACUUGGCCCUCAGCUUUCAAGAAAAAGCUGGAUGUGAUGAAAUUUGGGAGAAGAUAUGUCAGGUUCAAGGAAAGGACCCAUCAGUGGACAUCACUCAGGACCUUGUAGAUGAGUCUGAAGAGGAGCGUUUCGAUGAUAUGUCAUCACCAGGUUUAGAAUUGCCAUCUUGUGAAUUAAGUCGUCUUGAGGAAAUUGCAGAACUUGUGGCAUCAUCCUUACCUUCUCCCCUGCGUCGUGAAAAACUUGCACUAGCACUGGAAAAUGAGGGUUAUAUUAAAAAGCUCUUAGAGCUUUUUCAUGUGUGUGAGGAUUUGGAAAAUGUUGAAGGACUGCACCACUUGUAUGAAAUUAUCAAAGGCAUCUUCCUCUUGAAUCGAACUGCUCUUUUUGAAGUUAUGUUCUCUGAGGAAUGUAUAAUGGACGUCAUUGGAUGCUUAGAAUAUGAUCCUGCUUUAUCACAACCACGAAAACAUAGGGAAUUUCUAACAAAAACAGCCAAGUUUAAAGAAGUGAUUCCCAUAUCAGAUCCUGAGUUGAAACAAAAAAUUCAUCAGACAUACCGAGUUCAGUAUAUACAAGAUAUGGUUCUACCUACCCCUUCAGUCUUCGAAGAAAAUAUGUUAUCAACACUUCACUCCUUUAUUUUUUUCAAUAAGGUAGAAAUUGUUGGUAUGUUACAGGAAGAUGAAAAAUUUCUGACAGAUUUGUUUGCACAACUAACAGAUGAAGCAACAGAUGAGGAAAAAAGACAAGAGUUGGUUAACUUUUUAAAAGAAUUUUGUGCAUUCUCCCAAACGCUACAACCUCAAAACAGAGAUGCUUUUUUCAAGACUUUGUCAAACAUGGGUAUAUUACCAGCUUUAGAAGUCAUCCUUGGCAUGGAUGAUACACAGGUGCGAAGCGCUGCUACUGAUAUAUUCUCAUACUUGGUUGAAUAUAAUCCAUCCAUGGUACGAGAGUUUGUCAUGCAGGAGGCACAACAGAAUGAUGAUGAUAUUUUGCUCAUCAACCUCAUCAUAGAACAUAUGAUUUGUGAUACAGACCCUGAACUUGGAGGAGCAGUCCAGCUUAUGGGCCUGCUUCGAACAUUAGUUGAUCCAGAAAACAUGUUGGCUACUGCCAAUAAAACAGAAAAGACUGAAUUUCUGGGUUUCUUCUACAAGCACUGUAUGCAUGUCCUUACUGCUCCCUUACUGGCAAAUACAACUGAAGACAAACCUAGCAAAGAUGAUUUUCAGACUGCCCAGUUGUUGGCAUUGGUAUUGGAAUUGUUAACAUUUUGUGUGGAGCACCAUACCUACCACAUAAAGAACUACAUUAUUAACAAGGACAUCCUCCGGAGAGUGCUGGUUCUUAUGGCCUCGAAGCAUGCUUUCUUGGCAUUGUGUGCUCUUCGUUUUAAGAGAAAGAUCAUUGGAUUAAAAGAUGAGUUUUACAACCGCUACAUAAUGAAAAGUUUUUUAUUUGAACCAGUAGUCAAAGCAUUUCUCAACAAUGGAUCCCGCUACAAUCUGAUGAACUCUGCUAUAAUAGAAAUGUUUGAAUUUAUUAGAGUGGAAGAUAUAAAAUCAUUAACUGCUCAUGUAGUUGAAAAUUACUGGAAAGCACUGGAAGAUGUAGAUUAUGUACAGACAUUUAAAGGAUUGAAACUGAGAUUUGAACAGCAAAGAGAAAGGCAAGAUAAUCCCAAACUCGACAGUAUGCGUUCCAUUUUGAGGAAUCAUCGAUAUCGAAGAGAUGCUAGAACACUAGAAGAUGAAGAGGAGAUGUGGUUCAACACAGACGAAGACGACAUGGAAGAUGGGGAGGCUGUAGUGUCUCCCUCUGACAAAGCUAAGAAUGAUGACGACAUUAUGGAUCCAAUAAGUAAAUUCAUGGAGAGGAAGAAAUUAAAAGAAAGUGAAGAAAAGGAGGUGCUUCUGAAAACGAAUCUUUCUGGUCGGCAGAGCCCAAGUUUCAAGCUUUCCCUCUCUAGUGGAACAAAGACUACCCUCUCCAGCCAGUCACCUGCAACAAAUCUGCCUGGUUCUCCAGGAUCACCUGGAUCCCCAGGCUCUCCAGGCUCUCCUGGAUCCAUCCCUAAAAGUACAUCUCAGACGGCAGCUAUUACUACCAAGGGAGGCCUCGUGGGUCUGGUAGAUUAUCCUGACGAUGAUGAAGAUGAUGAUGAGGAUGACGACAAGGAAGACACUCUACCAUUGUCAAAGAAAGCAAAGUUUGAGUCAUAA